CAAAACGCUCUCAUAGACGCUACCUCUCCCUCUCCCUCUCUUUCUUUCUCUUCUAUUCUUUCUCUCUUCUCUUUCUUCUUCUCCCUUAUUCUCUCUUCUUUCUUCUUCUGUUUUCCUUUUCUUUCUCCAAACGCUCCCUCUCACUCUCUUUCUUUCUGUUAUGUUCUUUUUCAGGGCAGAUUCUGGCAACUAGUGGACUGUUCCGUUGAUGACCUUCCGGUGGGUGAUUUAGAAGAGUUUUCCGGUGAUUUUUCCUAAGUUUCAAGCAUGAAAUUAUCAAAGAAUUUUCUGUUGCAUGACUUUCGGGACUCUUAGUUGCUGCUGUCUGAGGCAAAAGUUUUAAAUUUCAUAUUCAAUGGGAUCGUGAUGUCUUUCUAUGGGAUUGCAGGUCUCUUUACUAGCAAACCUUGAUGAAAGUUUUCUGAGAACACGCUGCAAUCUUGGCUACAGAGCAAGUCGCGUAUUGAAACUUGCUCAGGGUAUUGUUGAAGGCAGAAUUCAACUAACACAACUUGAAGAAGCCUGUAAAGGAGCAAGCUUAUCCAGCUACAAUAUGUUGGAUGACCAGUUGAAAGGAAUUGAUGGAUUUGGUCCUUUUACAUGUGCCAAUGUGCUUAUGUGCAUGGGAUUUUACCACGUCAUUCCAACAGAUUCUGAAACUAUUAGGCAUUUAAGACAGGUCCAUGCAAAAAAAUCCAACUCUCAAACAGUGCAGAGAGAUGUUGAAAACAUAUCUAUGGGAAGUAUGCGCCAUUUCAGUUCUUGGAAUACUGGUCUGAACUCUGGCACUUCUAUGAGAAAAGAUUUGGGAAGCUAAGUGAAAUGCCAUGCUCCGAUUAUCACCUAAGCACUGCCAGUAAUAUAAGAAUCGCAAGUGAAAUGCCAACUCUUUACAUUUUUUUUGUUUAUUAUUACCAAAAAUAAAAUGAUGUGAAAUCACAUAGAGUUCUAUAAAAAAACACAUGAAUGACGAUUUGCAGUAGAUCAAGAGAACCAAAUAAAUCUAAGAUUACUUGGUUAUUUAUUUGAAGUUCAAUGCUUAAUUAUUUAUUUGGUAUUUCAAAACUGUUUCUAUUCUUCUUUUGUACAACCGUUUCUAUUCUU